AGUCGACAACAACAGCGAAUGGAAGAUGUACGUGCUGUUUCGUCGCGAUUUAUUCCGAUACAGAAACCUAUUUGGUUGAUAUAAUACAAGUGUUCAAAUAAAUAUAUUUAUGUGAAUAAUAUAAUGAAAAGAAAGUGUAAAUUGUGUUGUUUACUCUGAUGUUAAAGCAAAAUUGGUGUUUCUUUUUUUAAAAUGAAUGGUAAAAUGUAUAGUGAAACCGGUGCUUUCUCAUCUGACGACAUGCGCGCCGAAAUAUUAAAUCCCUUCGUUCAUAAAUUGGAACUAGACAACGCAUACGAUAAAAUAAAGACGGCGAUAUUCACAGUGAUACUACUGCCUUUCCGCGUGAUAGUUAUAUGUUACCUAAUAGUAACUGCUUGGUUUCUUGCUUGCAUCGGCCUCUAUGGUUUGAAUGAAGAAGAUUUAAGAAAAAAGCCUAUGACAGGAUGGCGAAGCAAGCUUCGAUUCUCGAUCCUGUCGCUAAUGAAGCUGGUGGUGGUAGCUGCGGGGUUCCACAGGGUAAGGGUGAAGGGUCGCGUCCACGUGCCGUCGGACUCACGCGAGGCACCGGUCAUCGUGAUCGCGCCACAUUCCACUUUCUUCGAUGCCAUAGCGAUUGUGGUGCUCGGAGCGCCGAGUGUGGUCGCUAAAGCUGAUACUGCAAGGCUGCCUUUUAUAGGACGUAGGUGUUUGUAG